AUGUCAAGCAACCCUAUGCUUUUAAGCCGAGUUAUUGGUGCACAGAGUGGAGGUUUAAGAGCGGCACUUUUAGCGAAAAUGGCAGGCUAUGGUGGAGCUGCAGACGGAACAGCUUAUAACCCUCAAAGUCAAAUGAAUUUGAGUUCACUCAAAAAUCAAAUAACAGAUGUCAAAAAGUCAAACAUAGACAUACAGAAACAAAUAAGUGAAAACGAAAAGAAACUAGAAUAUGACAGACACACAAAGAAACUCAAUGAGUUAAACGUAGAGAAAAAGAAGAAAGAAGAACAACUGAAAGAACUAAGUACAGAGGAAUAUGCGAAAAAAGUGUCAGAAAAAGCAGCAGAAGUAGCAAAAAUGGAACAAGAUGUUAUAAAUUUGAAAAACCAUACUACUCAAUAUAAAGUACUGAAAGAUGAAGAGAUAAAACAAAAAGCCAUGAAGACAUAUAUGGAUAGCGAUGAGUAUAAAAAAGAAGUUGAAGCAAAUGUAAAGGCAGAAAAACUUUUACAGUUGCAAAACCAAACCGAGUUAGUAUGGCUAAGUCGUGUACUGAGGCACUGCGCGCCUCCGUACACCACUUAA